AUGGCCAGGCAGGCAGUGCUCGCCCUCCUGCUGCUGCUGGAUGGGACUGUCCUUCCCAGCGGGUCCACGGUCAUCAGCAGCUGCAGCAGUGUGGCCGAGCAGCUCUGCAACUUCGUCUGUGACUGCAGCAACUGCUCCGAUGAGAACCAGUGUGGGUAUCUGCGGGACUCUGCAGUGCUGGGCACCCCCUUUACCUGUGACUUCGAGGAAGGCGACUGUGGCUGGCAGGAUGUGAGCACCUCGGCUUACAGAUGGGUGCGGGGCCGGGCCAGCCUGUCCACGUGGGGCACGGGGCCCCACUCAGACCACACUGUGGGCACCAACCUGGGGUGGUUUAUGGUGACCGUGUCCCCCCCGGCAAAGACCACAGCCACAGCCUGGCUCAGGUCACCAGUGAUGCGGGAAGCAGCUGCCACAUGUGAGAUCAGGGCCUGGUACCACCUCUCAGGAAGAGGGCUCAACCAGACAGAGUGGCCAGCGCUGCGGCUGGCCAUGGUGUACAGGGACGAGGUGGUGGGGCUGUGGCAGAGCCCUGAGCGCGGAGGUGAGGGCUGGCACCAGCUGGUCGCCUACCCAGGCCGCAUCACGGAGCAGUUCCAGCUCAUCUUCUCCCUGACACAGCCGCCCAUGUGUGGGACAGAGCUGGUGCUCGACGACAUCGUCUUCAGGAACUGCGGCUUGCAGGAGCCCGGGCAGCAGGUCUGCGGGGCAGAGGAGAGCCGCUGCAGACGGGGUCCCUGCCUGGCACGGCACCGCUUCUGUGACAGCACCGACGACUGUGGGGACGGCUCAGAUGAAGAUGCAGCACAGUGCAAGUCCUUCAACCUCUGUUCCUUUGAGCAAAAUUUCUGCAGCUGGGAGGCAGAGGUCAGGCAGCCAACAUGGGAGAGGAACACGAGCCUGAACCUGGGGACUGCAUAUGGCAUCCCCACCCGGGACCACAGCAGUAACAGCAGGGCAGGUUUUUUCCUCCAUGUCAGCAGCACCUCAGCCACGAGGGCUGGCGGCGUAGCACGGCUCAGCAGUCCCACUUUCCAGGCCACCAACUCCUGCUCUCUGUUGCUGUACUGUUAUCUCCAUGGCUCGGCCACCAGCAGCCUCAGCAUCUCCUAUGUGACCAACUCCACCAAGCACUUGGUGAGGGAGAGGAUGGGGGACCUGGGAAGCUGCUGGGUCCGGGAGAGAGUGGACUUCAACGUGAUGGAGAGCUUCAAGGUGCUGGUUGAGGGUGUGGCCGGCAGCACGGGGACCGUGGCCAUCGAUGACCUGAUCCUGUCUCCAGGCUGCAAGCAGGAACAGGGUGAGCCAGAGGGCAGCCGUGUUUCACCUUCAGAGAAGCCUUUGAGCGCACUGCCGAGCCAGGCGGCUGCCGGCCCCUGUGCAGCCGAGGAGGUGGCCUGCAACAGCGGGGGCUGCAUCAGCGCGGAGCUGGCCUGUGACUUUGCUGAGACCUGUGCCGAUGGCUCCGACGAGAAGCGCUGCGGAGCAACCACCUUCGAGGAGGGGAAUGGGGGCUGGCAUGAUGUCAGUGUGGGGCGGCUGCGCUGGGGUGUGCAGAAGGCCACUGGGCUCGUGGACACUGUCCUCACAGGUGCAGGGGCUUUCCUGGCCCUCCAGGCAGGAGAAGGACAAGUGGUGGCAGCUGCGAAGGCACGCACGCCUCUGCUGGGCCCCUCCGGCCCCUCCUGUGCCAUGGAGAUGAGCUACCACAUCCACAGUGGGCCCCAAGGCUUCCUUGCAGUCCACGUGGCAGAUGACACCACUGGCACCACCCACCCGGUCUGGCACACACUGGGACGUGGUGGCACAGCCCAGGGACAUGUCCACAUCCCACUGGGAGAGAGGACCCGACCCUUCCAGGUCGAGCUUCUGGGACUGGUGGAUCUGCAGGACUCGGCGAGUGCUGCCAUCGACAAUGUGACAUUCGUGCAGUGCCACCCCAACGUGGUGCCACCAGGGGCCACGGAGCUGUCCUGCAACUUUGAGAGGGGCAUGUGUGGCUGGUACCAGGAUCAGUCCAGUGACUUCAAAUGGGUCCACGGCACGGGGCAGGGGCAGGGCUCUGACCACACCACUGGCUCAGGUUACUUCUUGGCUGCGGACCCCUCCACGCCAUGGAGCCGCGGGCAGCGGGCACAGCUCAUCACCUACACACAGGAGCCUGCCACCACCCCACGCUGCCUCUCCUUCUGGUACCGCCUUGCCGGCCCACAGAUCGGCACCCUGAACCUCAAGCUGCGGCUGGAGGGAGCGGAGGAGACGGUGUUAUGGACCCGGCGGGGGACCCAGGGCAAUGUCUGGCACCGAGGACGGGCAACGCUGCCCACCACGGGCCGGAGGCGGUACCGGGUGGCCUUCGAGGCCCUGCGGGAUGGGUUCCUGGGGGACGUGGCUCUGGACGACCUGGCACUGGUGGCGGGGCCCUGUGGGGCCGAGCUCUCCUGCUCCUUCGAGGUGGACGUCUGUGGGCUGGCCGCCAGCAGGCAGCACACAUGGCUGCGGCAGAGCAACGGCACUGGCACGGUUGCCGGCCCUGUGGCUGACCGUACCACUGGCACAGCUGCAGGCCAUUACAUGGUGGUGAGCACGGGCAGGGGCUCCCUGCCUGCAGGGCAUGUGGCUGCCCUCACCUCCCAGCCCUACCAGCCCUCCGCGCCCAGCCAGUGCCUGGCCUUCUGGUACCAGCUGAGUGCCGGGACCCCAGGCUCCCUCGGGGUCUUCGUGGAGCAGAGCGGGCUGCGGAGGAAGGUGAUGGCUGUGAGCACCACGGAGGGGGACACGUGGCACCGCGGCCAAGUCACCGUCUGGCCAGAUGGGGACUGGCAGGCAAUAUUCGAGGCGGUGGGAGCUGGGGGCGACCAUGGGUACAUUGCUCUGGAUGACCUGCAUGUGUCAGAUGGCGCCUGCCCUGAGCCAGCAUCCUGUGACUUUGAGCGGGACACGUGUGGCUGGAGCAGCCCCUUGGACCCCCACCUGCACAGCUUCGCCUGGGGCUGGAAGAGCGGGGUGCCCCUUGCCAAGUACCCCGGCCCCGAGCAGGAUCACACCCUGGGCACAAGGAAUGGGCACUACGUGCACUUCGACACCAGUGUGCUGGGCCCGGGGGGCACCACUGCCCGGCUGGAGAGCCAGCAUCUGCCUGCUGCUGCCGACUCCUGCCUGCAGUUCUGGUACCACAUGGACAUCCCAGAGCACCUCUCCUGCGGGGAGCUGCGGGUGAUGCUGCACAGCACGGCAGGGCAGCGCAUGGUGUGGAGCGUGGCAGGGCACCGGACCCGGGGCUGGCGGGUGGCUGCAGUGCCCGUGCGGAACCCCAGUGAGUUCCAGAUCAUCUUUGAGAUCACCACACAGAGGUGGCCGAUGGAGGGGACAGUGGCACUGGAUGACAUCGUGUACAGAGCCAGGGGGGGCUGCCAUUCCAGCCCGGAGGUGCCAGUGCAAGAGAAAUCCUCCAGCAGCUUUGUGGCAGAGGUGGUGCUCGGUCUUCUCCUGGUCAUCAUCAUCCUGGCGCUGGUGGCUGCUGGAGGCAGAUACUGUCUGAAGCAGCAAGAGCUGGCAAGCAGGACACCGGCGGAGAGCAACACUCCCCAGGGCUUUGACAACAUCACUUUUCGAGAUGACAAGGUCGUUAUAUCUCCAGUGCCAAAAGAGGGGGAUGAGGAUUGA